CCCUUAGCUGCCGCCGGCGCCGCCGCUCGUGCUGCGGGAGCCUAGAAAGGAUGGGCCGUGGCUUCUAGCUGAAUAUGGUUCCUUUAAUGGCCUGCUGCAUAGUGUUCAACCUCGAAGUUUGUAUUCCAGAUGCUGAGAUGAACUCUUCAAGGAUCUGACAAAGUCAGAACUUUUGCAGCAUCUUGGAGCAAGCUGCCGGGAUGGCCAUGGGUGUGCGGGAACAGUAUGAGCCUGUGGCUGAAAUUGGCAUAGGGGCCUAUGGCACUGUCUUCAAGGCCCGUGACCUGCAGAGUGGCAAAUUUGUGGCCCUCAAAAAUGUGAGGGUGCAGAACAGUGAGAAUGGAUUGCCAUUGUCGACUGUCCGUGAGGUGGCUCUGCUGAAACGCCUGGAACACUUUGACCAUCCCAACAUUGUACGCCUAAUGGAUGUGUGCACGACAACACGGACUGAGCGAGAGACCAAAGUAACGUUGGUUUUUGAGCACGUGGAUCAGGAUCUGAAAGCAUAUUUGGAAAAAACGCCACCACCUGGCUUACCGGCAGAGGUAAUCAAGGACAUGAUGCAUCAGUUCCUGAGCGGCUUGGACUUCCUGCAUUCAAACUGCAUUGUCCACCGUGACCUCAAGCCAGAGAAUAUCCUCGUGACCAGCUCUGGUCAAGUCAAGCUGGCUGACUUUGGUCUGGCUCGCAUCUACAGCUGCCAGAUGGCUCUGACACCGCUGGUCGUCACCCUCUGGUACCGAGCUCCAGAAGUGCUGCUCCAGUCUGCCUAUGCGACCCCUGUGGACAUGUGGAGUGUUGGCUGCAUCUUUGCAGAGAUGUUUCGAAGGAAGCCUCUCUUCUGUGGCAACUCCGAAGCUGACCAGCUGGGCAAGAUCUUCGAUCUGAUUGGGCUCCCAGCCGAGGAGGACUGGCCGCUGGAUGUAUCCCUGCCGCGCUGCGCCUUUGCUGUCCGCUCCCCACAGCCUGUGGAGAAGUUUGUGCCAGAAAUAGAGCCCCUGGGGGCUCAGAUGCUUUUGGAAAUGCUGACAUUUAAUCCAGUGAAGCGUAUCUCUGCCUUCAAAGCGCUGCAUCACCAGUACUUUCAGGACAAGAGUGCAGGUGAAGGGUAGCAUCCCAGCACAUCCCUUGUGUGGGGAAAAGACUUUAUGGAAGACUUUGCGUGUGUAUGAGGAUAAUUUGCACCCCACCAAGAGACUGCAGUCACGCUAGUCCCCAAAACCUCCUGGCUGUGCUGGGAGUGAGGGGGCUGGGGAGGGAAUGGAGCUGUUGUCCACAUGCUGGAAGAAAGUGGGAAAGGUGCAUGUUGCAGGACUCCCACCCGCCCUGGAAAUGCUUACUCUAGUGGUAUCCCUGUGCACACAUACUCUCUGUUCCUGGGUGAUCCUCAGUGAUGUUCUUGAAGGUCAGUUGUGUUUGGGAGAGCCCGGCUUUGAGGCAUCUCAGUCUGUGGGUUCUUUGCCAAAGGUCGCUCUUUGAUAACCUUUUAAAAUAAUUUUUAUAACAGUUUACACACAAUAAUGUUGCUGCCUUAUUACAACCUUGUGGCUAACAGUUUGACACUAAAGCCUUGCCUUAACUUGUUACAGAGCUCCAUGAAAAUAGGAGCAAAGGAUAUUUUUGUAUAAGUAUUCACAAUUUUUUUUUUUUUUUUUGUUUGGAAUUGCCGAGACACUGGUCAAGACAGACCUACAUUAUUGGAUAUCUUGGCAUGCGAGAACAGCUCAGAUGGAGAUCGGUUGUGUAUGUUUGAUUCCAGUCGCUGAUGUGAAACAUAAAACACACUUUUCAACUGAUAAAAUUUGAAUAAAGAAUGUGGAUGGGGA